GCAAAAAAAUGCGAUGAGCAUGAACGUUAGAUUGUAAUUAUAGAUAAUUGUAGUGUGAAGGGUAUAAGAAAAGGAACACAUAUUUAUAUAAAAAUGAUUGGGAAAUUUUGGAAUAUUUUUAAGAAUAUCCAUUACUUAUGGCAUAUAAUAUUUGCAGUGAUAAUUCGCUUCUGCUUUAUCUCCUAUGGCUUAUAUCAUGAUCAAUACGCGUCUGUGGCUUACACGGAUGUGGAUUAUAAAGUAUUCACUGAUGCUUCGAGGCACGUCUUAAACUAUGGUUCGCCGUACAGCAGGAACACGUACAGGUAUUCCCCUUUAAUCGCCUUUUUUCUAAUCCCGAAUAUAACUUUGCAUCAUGCUUUUGGUAAAGUUUUGUUCUCGUUCACCGACGUCAUCGUAGGUUUAUUAAUCAGGGCGAUCGUCCUCCACAGUUUGAAGCUAUACAAUGGACAUAAACAGAAGCACGAGUCGAAAGCACCGCAGGUUGCAGGAGAAACUCUGAAAGUGGAAUAUCUGAAUAAACCGAAUAUUAAGAAUAUCCGGUACAGAAAGAAGAGCAAACGAUUGGAAGGUCAAUUAAUAACUACGUGCAAAACGGAGAGCGAAGUUCAGGCCGAUACUAGUAUGCUGCUAUGGCUGUACAACCCAUUGUCCAUAGCUAUAGCCACAAGAGGAAAUUGCGAUUCAAUUGCAGGAGCUUUGGUCCUGCUAACCCUGUACUGUUUGCAAUGCAAGCAGAAAUAUUUCCUGGCAGGUUUGUGCCAUGGCCUAUCUGUCCAUUUCAGACUGUAUCCAUUGAUGUACAGCCUUGCCUUCUACAUGCAUCUGAGCAAAUACUCGUACUACGCCACGAACAAUCUGUUCAAUUACACGGAGCCAAAGAGUAAAAAGCAAAAGGACGCGAAAAACGCUGACAAUCAAAUUGUCGAAACGCGCAAGACGAUAUUCAAGAAGCAAUACCUGAUGUAUUUGGUGCCAAAUACCAAUCAGCUUAGACUGGUUUUCGGCUGUUUAACAUCAUUAGUUGUGCUCACCAGUCUUUUCUACUACCUGUACGGAUACAAAUUCCUGUACGAAACGUAUAUUUACCACCUGGUGAGGAAAGAUACCAGGCACAAUUUCUCCCUAUUCUUUUACCUACAGUAUCUGACUGCUGGCGUUAAGAACAUCGGAAUGUGGCAAAGCGUGUUGAUUGUUUUACCGCAAUUGAUUCUGCUGAUUGUAUUCUCGAUCAGGUACGGUCUCAAUAAAUUCACUCUGAACUUUGCCAUAGUAACCAUCACCAUAACGAUGGUUGCGUACAACACCGUUCUCACGUCGCAGUAUUUCAUUUGGAUAUUGGUCGUCUUGCCUUUAUGCAUCUGGCAGAUAAAGAUAACUGCAGGAGUGGCGCUCUUCAUCAUGGGAAUAUGGUUUGCGGCUCAAGCUGCCUGGCUGGUUCCCGCGUAUUUUCUCGAGUUCCAAGGCAAGAAUACCUUCCUCUUCGUUUGGCUGCAAAGCGUCUCGUUCUUCUGCGCUAAUAUCGCAAUACUGGGUAGACUGAUCAUGAAUUUUAUGUCAUUUAGGAAAGUCAAGAUGUGAAUCGAUUUAGUAUUUUCAUUAGUAGUUUGUAGAUUUAUUAUAAAUAGUAU